AUGUGGGCACCUUCAUUCAAUUCGGAGAUGUGCACUAUGACCAGGGGCGCAGACUCGCCACGCUCGCUCGUCGCUGAGGCGCUCAGCGAGUUGGGCAGCCUGGCCAACCAGCUGAAGCCCGACUUUAUCCUGUGGUCGGGCGACACUGGUCGACACGGCGCCACCAGCCCCGACGACAUCUACGCGGAGACGACCAUGGUGACGAGCCUCCUGCGCCAAGUCACCAACAACUACCCGUGGGUGCUCCCCGUGCUGGGGAACAACGAUUGCUUCGACAAUUGCGUCGGUGAGAAGGAGAACGACUCCAUCACGCGCAACUUCACCCAGAUCUGGAGCAGCUACCUCAAGCACGUCGACAGCGGCCAAGACUUCUUCCGUGGCGGCUACAUGUACACCAAGAUCAGCAACCAACUGCUGGUGCUGUCGCUUAACACCAUGUUCUGGACGCAGAGGAAUUGUGCCCUCAACGACCAAACUUCCUGCGGUCUCCCGAACUCGCCUGGCGCUGUUCAGUUCGAGUGGAUGGAGAAGGUGGUGUCAGAUCCUGCUCACAAGCACAUGAAUUUCAUUCUCCACGGUCACAUUCCACCGCUUGCCGCGCCCUUGAACGGCGACAAGGUGUUCUUCACCUCGUGCCUCGAGAAGUACCACAGCUUCACCAAAACCUACAAGGACCGCAUCAAGGGGCACCUCUAUGCGGACAAGCACAUCGAUUCCUUCUACGUGAUGCCCAACAACAUCGGCACCGUCCUCGUCAACCCGGCGGUGGUGCCCCUCUUCAACACUGGAAUCCGAGUGUUCUCGUACGACAGGAAGACGGGCGACCUAUUGAACUACUGGCAGCACUACAUCAACAUCACCAAAGCCAACGACGGCGCCAAGCCGACGCUGGAGCUGGAGUACUCGCCGCUGUCGCCCUACCACGGCAGCGGCGGCGGCGGCGGCGGCGGCGGCGACCCUCCCGGCUACGGGCUCAAGGACCUGUCGCAGGCCUCGUGGGACUGGCUCGACAGCAUGAUCGUGGACAACACCACCAUGAAGCUCCUCUUCGAGCGAUACUACUUCGUGUCCUACCCUGUUGCGCUGCCGCGGGGCAACCGUGAGGAGGCGGUCGAGAAGCUGCUGCACGGCCAGUGGGAGGCCCACCGAAAGCGACAAUCCACUUGCCACUGCUCGCCGUGGCCCACCUCUUGA